AUGAUCUUGCUCCCUAUCAUUCCGACCAGCGAUGGCAGUCUUAUAGUACUGCGCCACACAGAUUACAUCAAUGCCAUUGGGAUCCACCCGAGAGGACAUGCCAUGUGGUAUUCUUGGAUUAAAAAUGAGCACAUCCCCAUUCCUCAAACCUAUAGCUUUCCCAAGGGUGGGGAAGCAGAAGUACACCAGGAUGGGGGAGUCCCUAUCCAACUUCCCAGGGGCGACAAUGGAGAUGACAGAAACAUUGAAGUCAUCAUCUUCAUGCAUGCUGACAUAGCAGUUCUUGGCGACUGCAACAGAGGGGAAAUACGAAGCAACUUCACAGUCCUCAGUAAGCUGCAAAUCCUUCGUCCCAAGGAGCUCAUGGAGAAGUCUGAUUCCAUGGAUGGUUUUGGUGUCUAAAUAGCUCUCAGAUAUUUUCUUCACCUUCUGAAGGUGGUGCUUGAUGGCGGCAGUGUUUUUGGCUUCUAUGCCAGCAGGAAGAAACCUUCUGGAAUAUCCUUUGUCACCUUGGGGGACUAAAAUCCCACCAGUGAAAUAUCGUUGACUGCCCUGACCCUCCUCAAACACCAUCCUUCUU